ACCCCUUACUCAGUUACUCCCUUGAGUCCCUUCUCACUCUCACUGUGCUAUGCUGAUGCCACUUCCACUACCACUAGUCCACUACCACAUGUUCAACAAACCGACCUAAACCAAAUGCUUCUUUCUCCACCGUCACCCUCUCCUCGCUGCGGCUGCUGCAAUGUGUUCUCUCUCCACGGUCGCUGUUGCUCUGUAAUCUCUCUCCACCGUCGCUGCAACCUCUGAACUCGUCCCCAUCUCUGCUUGUGCUCUCUUGUAGUUUUCUGUGCCUACGCCGCUUCUCUGAUUUCGCCGCAAGUCAUCUCUCACCUUCGUUGCUGCUCUGCUCUCUGCUCGCCCAGUCUCCGUCACUGCCUUUAUACUCUGUCGCCGCGGGUCGGAUCUCUCCACCGAAAUGCUCUCUUCAAUAUAAAAUAACAUGGAAACCAGCAGCACCCACAAUGGGAGUAGCAUGAUGUGGUUUUUCAAGGAUAGAGGGCUUGAUGAUAAUAGCAUACAAGGAAUUUUCAGAAGGUGCAAACGCCUUGAGAGUGUUAACAAAGAGAGAGCAAAUGAGAAUUGGGAAUACUUGAGAAGCAUUGGAAUUCAAGAAAGAAAGAUUCCCUCUGUUGUUUCGAAAUGCCCCAAGAUCCUCGCUCUCAGCCUCAAUGAGAAGAUUGUCCCCAUGGUUGAGUGUCUCAGGACAUUAGGAACAAAGCCCCAUGAAGUCACCUCUGCCAUAGCCAAGUUCCCUCACAUACUCUCACACAGUGUCGAAGAGAAACUUUGUCCCCUUUUGGCCUUCUUUCAGGCGUUAGGCAUACCCGAGAAGCAACUAGGGAAGGUGAUACUGCUCAAUCCUCGGCUUAUCAGCUACAGCAUCGAAACAAAGCUGAAGGAGAUUGUGGACUUCCUUGCUAGCCUUGGUCUAAAUAAAGAUGGAAUGAUUGGAAAAGUCAUAGUCAAGGACCCGUUUAUAAUGGGUUAUAGUGUUGAUAAGAGACUCCGACCAACUUCAGAGUUUCUGAGGUCAAUAGGCUUGAGUGAGUUAGAUCUUCAGGCGGUGGCUGUGAACUUCCCAGCAAUCUUAAGUAGAGAUGCGAAAAAGGUUUUGAUGCCCAAUUAUGAUUUCUUAAAGAAAUGCGGAUUUCAAGACAAACAAAUAGCUGCUUUGGUUGUUGGUUUUCCUCCUAUUCUGAUCAAGAGCAUACAGAACUCUUUAGAGCCCAGGAUUGGAUUUUUAGUGGACGUGAUGGGGAGACAAGUGGAUGAAGUCGUUGAUUAUCCCUGCUUCUUUCGUCAUGGCCUGAAGAGAAGGUUAGAGUUGCGGCACAAACUUUUAAAGCAGCAGAAUCUAGAUUGUAGCUUGAGUGAAAUGCUGGACUGUAAUCAGAAGAAGUUCCACAUGAAGUUUGGCUUGUUAAAAUUGAGUAACUAGUUUAUUAUUUGCUAUUAGUUUAAUAGUUUGAUCCAUAUAUCUGUCGUUUGAAAUUUUUGGAAUUUAAUAUUCAUCUGAUUGUUUGCUCUAAUCAUGUUCUUGUGAUCUACUGUAUGAGUUGAUAUGUUUUCCUUUGGAUCUAUAAUUGAGCUAUCUUUCCGUGACACAGAUAAUGGGGUUUCCUCUGUCACCAUGUCGUGAUGGCAAUGAGAUCUUGUGAGUGCUGUUGUCCUAUAUACACUUGUUUUUUGGCAUGUUAAAUUCGUUGCAGUAAGUUUCAUGAAUUGUGAAAGAAGAUUUAGGUAAAGAAACUCGGUCAAUAUCUGAUUGAGUUAAAUCAGAUUGUAAAGAUAAUAAAGAGUAGUUAUAUUCUAUUAGGAAGUUAGUUAUAACUGUCCCUAUUAUCGGUAGACAUAAGUAAUUGAGUCAGUGAUAUAUAUAGACAUAGUUGUAGGGAGUGGAUCCUCUCCAGUGGAAAAAAAAACUGGAUGGUAUCCAGUGGAAGAUCUCACC